CCCUGUUUUUCUUUUUUAAGUUCGGCGAACCUUUUAUUAGGAAAUAGAAAAGCCAAAACACUAGUAAUGACUUCGCCUCCUCUAUCUCUGGGUUAAUCGGUCGCAUUAAGGAGCAUAAUAUGCUACGACUCUGCUUCCUCACGUAUCGUUCUUGCUCAAUUGUCAAAGAUCAGUCAUGGCAGCUAAGUCCCACCUGCAAAGUGGUGAAAGCUCUUCCAAUUGGAAGUCUUCUACUAACAUUACUCAACCCAAGUUCUUCAAGAUUAUAUUAUCCCAACAUGAAUGCAGCCGUCUGAGGAUUCCAGAAGACUUUGCGAGCAGAUAUUGCAAGAACAUGCUAAACCCUGUGUAUCUUGAGGUUCCAAGUGGAGACGUAUGGGAGGUUGAAGUGGUUCAUUCUCAAGGCCAAAUUUGUCUUGGCAUUGGAUGGCAAGAUUUCAGUGACUUCUAUUCAAUAAGCUGCGGCCACUUUUUGAUGUUUGGAUACAAUGCUCGUUCCCAUUUUAAUGUCACUAUAUUUGAUUUGAGUGCUUCAGAAAUUGAAUAUCCAACAAAAGAGAUUGAGUCGGAUGAUUCCAUAGAUAUUUCGGAUGUGGCUGAGCAUUCUGUUGAAAAUCUGAGCCAUGGUCCCUUAGGCCAGGAGAGAAAAAGAAAAAGACAAGAAGGGGAAGCAGAGGAUGAUAUUCCAGUUAACGUUCAAACUAAAGUAAUCGAGGAAGAAGAGUCUCAAGGGAAUGUAGUUUCACUAGAAAGAAGCGAAGGCUGUAGGGAGCAGGAGCAACAAUCCAACAUUUUUACCAGUAAGAGCGACGCAGAGAGGGACGAAGAGAGAGCUGAAAACUAUCAAAGUGCAAAAGCUUUUAAAUCUAAGAACCCAUUCAUUAUAUCUUUUAUGCAUCCAUCAUAUGUCACGAGACCACACAGUCUGUCCAUACCGUUGAAAUUUGCUCGGAAGUAUUUCAUGCAGAACCGUGGCAAGUUAGUGCUUCGUGUUCCAGGAAGUGGAUUUUGGACUGUCAAAUGCACUUUACGAACGAGAAAUGCUAAAUUUACUUGUGGAUGGAAGGCAUUCGUCCUGGACAAUAAGUUAAAAUCUGGUGAUGUUUGUGUCCUCGAAGUGAUUAAAGACACUAAGCUCUUAUUGAUAGAUGUCACCAUAUUUCCAGGGGUUUCUGAUAGUACAAACGAGUCUAUCAACGCUGAGGCUUCAGUUCCAUGUUCCCCAGCCUAUCAAAGAGCAAAAGCUUUUACGUCUGAAAAUCCAUUCUUCAUAUAUCCUAUGCAGCCAUCAUAUGUUUCUGGCCCCUCAUUGACCAUAUCACGGGUGAUUGCUAGUAAAUUUUUCCCCACUAGAUAUAGCAAUGUGGUGCUUCAAGUUCCAAACAAGAGAUCAUGGGCUUUGAAUUGCACUGUUGGAACAAAAAAUGGUAGGUUGAAUUCAGGUUGGAAGAAGUUUGUGCAGGACAAUAACAUAAAAGUAGGUGAUGUUUGUGUCUUCGAACAGGUUAGUAGAACCAAAUUUUUAUUCAAUGUCUACAUAUUUCCUGCAGUCGAAGGUGUGUGAGAUGGUUCCACUUGUUUAAGAUUCUGACUUCAAUGUAUACUUGAUCAAUUUGCCUUUUGUAUUUCUGCUUUUUGCAAAGGGGAGUAUUCCUCCCAACAUAAAUUAAAGCAAUAUCUUUCACCCGAAGCAUGUAAAACCUUAGAGUUUCUUAUUUUGUAAUACGUAUUAACUUCUUGUA